AUGCCUACCCAUUUGUCGAAGACCCGCAAGCACCGCGGACACGUCUCCGCCGGUCACGGACGUGUUGGAAAGCACAGGAAGCAUCCCGGUGGUCGUGGUAUGGCUGGUGGUCAGCACCACCACAGGACCAACAUCGAUAAGUACCAUCCCGGUUACUUCGGUAAGGUUGGUAUGAGGUACUUCCACAAGACCCAACAAAAGUUCUGGAAGCCCGUUGUCAACCUCGACAAGCUCUGGUCGCUCGUCCCCGCCGAGAAGCGCGACGCCUACCUCGCCAAGAAGGGCGACAAGGCGCCCGUCCUCGACCUCCUCUCGCUCGGUUACUCCAAGGUUCUCGGCAAGGGCCGUCUCCCCGAUGUCCCCAUCAUCGUCCGCGCUCGCUACGUCUCCGCCGAGGCCGAGAAGAAGAUCAAGGAGGCUGGCGGUGUUGUCCAGCUCGUCGCAUAA